UGAAUAAUUAUAGUUAAAGAUUUGUUACUACAAUUUAACCAAGGAAUUGAAUGCAUAGUAGAAUUAAAAGGGGGUAGGUACUCUUGUGGAGAUGAAUAUAUUAGCUCCUGUAGGUCUUAAUGGCCCAUUGGUUUCCAAAAAUUAAACUAACUUCUUUCUUCUUGGUUGAAAAAAAUUACUUUGAAAACUUUUUUUUUGUUUUUCUCAAAUUAUAAAGCAUGUAUACCUAGAUAAAGCAUGAGUGCUAUUAUGACAAGAUAACAACAGUAUAAAUAUAUUUCCUGUCAGAAAGAAAGCACCCUAAAUUGAUAGCAGACCAAUCCUGAUCAAUUACAAUAUUGCCAUAUUGAUCCUCUGGGUUCUCACUGACUGUUGUGACCACUAGGGUGAGAUUUCUACAGCCUCCAACGCACUCCUUGCUCUAGCUUUACCAAACUGGAGAUGCUUUCUCAGCCUGACAGCCUGUGUUCCCCUGCGAUAGGUUUGGUCCAGUCUCUUAUCUUAUCUUAUCUUAUCUUAUCUAUCUUAGUCCUUUCUCCUACUUGCUGUGCCUGGUAUCCUUGCCUACUCUCAAGCAAUGUAUUUCUGUUCCCACUGUUGUCUUUAGUGAUAUGAUUUUUCUGAUUGUUAUCCUGGGUCUGAAGUGACAUUGCAUUUUCCAGCCCAUUCAAAUUUAUGGUCAAUGUGAUUUUCUCUGACCAGUGAGACAUGCAAGGAGUGGGAGUGCUGCUCCUUACAGUGGAGAUCCUUAUUAGCCAGUCCAGUUCACCAUGUUUCCAUCCCUUACUGCCACAGAGUCAGUGCUGUUGCACAUAAUCUAUCCUAAGUUCCAAAGUGAGAACAAGGCACAGGAAAACCCCCAGAAUUUUAGUGGACAUGUAUAGUUAAUGGAGAAGAAAUGCUUGGUAUUGUAACAUACUAAGAUUCUGGGGUAGGUUAUUAUAUCACCAAAAUGUAGUCCUUACUGAAUGAUACACGCUCCUAUGAGGUUCUCCUUCUUUGUCAGUACAGCAUGUUGAUAGCAUUUUGAGUGUUUAUUAUAUCAAGGCUUUGUGUAAGGGGAUUUAUUUAUGCUAUCUCACUUAUUAAUAGUAUUAAUUCAUGUAUGCUUACAGAUUUGGCUUCAAAUCCUAUAUUCCUAAUGCUUAUACUUGUUUGCUCUUAUUUGCCACAUUAUCCAACAAAAAUCCAUUCAUUUGUGCAUCGUGGCCAGUUCUGUAUGAAGUCUGAGGGUUAAAAUAUGGAUUAGAAAUAGUUUUUGUAUGAUAAACUAAUAGAAAAAAAGAAAUGUAAGCAAAUACAAGGAUGUGUUAAAAUGUUAAUAGAGCACAGAGAGUGCUGGGAAGAUUUAGCAUCAGAAUCUCCUUCUUCCAUCGUGUGGUCUUGGAUGGAUAUCUCUUACCACACCUUGUGACCUUUCCAACUUCCUUUUCUCAUUCUUAGUGGAAAUUUCAAAGACCUUAAACUACUCAAUGGGUUUAUGCCUUAUUCAAAAUAGCAUAAGCAAUGCAUGAGACAAGUGUUUGAAGCCCUGCGUACACCACAGCUCACAAGCAAUGGUAAUUUCUGUCUGGCAGAGGUGUUUCAGGGACUGCUCUCAAAAACAUGCAGGAGGGAACAUAGAACUUGUUUCAGGGAAAAGGAACAGAAAAGUUGUAUGGAGAAGUUGAUGCUUGACUUGUGUUCUUAAAAUGAAGAGAUUUUAUUCUGAUGGGGUAGAAAGGAAGUACAUUCCAGCAUAAAGGAAAUGAAGUUUGAAUAGUUAUGAAAUAUUUGAGGAACUACAAGAAAUUUAUUUCAAGAAUGUGGAGCACAGUGGGAGAAGGCAGCAGGCAGUCUUAGUCAGCACUGAUAUUGCACUGGCCAUACAGAACCACUGCAAGAGUUCCUCUGGGCUAAGGCUUAUAAGGCAUGGGUUUGAAAGCAGAGCAGAUGGGUCGAGGACAGGAAAGACACAGAUGAAACAAAGGAAGCUGACUGGAAGACCGAUGCAGAGAGAAACCAUGUGGACAGAGAACAGAGCAGAGAACAGAUAUAAGUGAAGCUAGAGAAUUAGGCUGGUGAGAAAUCUACCAUGUGUAAAUUUCAGGCAUGGGGAAAAGAGAAGAACUCAGGACAGCUUCACUGUUUCUGAUUUGGUAACUGAAGAGUUGUUUGAAAUUAAGAUCAAAAGUGUAGAAAGAGUUUUGUUUUUCAGCUAUCAGAGUUUUAGUUUGUUUGUUUUUGUUUUUUGAGACAAGGUCUUGCUUUGUAAUUCAGGCUGCUCUGGAACUCACCAUGUAGCCUAGACUGGUCUCCUGCCUCAGUCUCCCAACUGCUGGGAUAACAGGAGUGUGCCACUACCCUCAACACAACCAUCAGAUUUUGUAUAUGAAGACUAUUUACCUUAAAAAUUCAAUCUGAAGCAUUGUCAAAGCAAAAGGAGAAAUUUCCACUCCUCGUGUUAGCUCCUGUAUACAUUUAAAAAUAUAUGUAUGUAUCAUUUUAAACAGAAUUUUUCAGUUUCUGUCAUACAAUAAUAGCCUAAGCAACUUUCCACUUAAUUGCACAGGAGUAGUUUAAUUGUUAGUAUAAAGGGAUAUGUCUCCCAUUCCAUUAGGAUGUUUUUGCUUAUUUCUUUAUAUUUACUUCUACAAGUAAUGGUAUCAUAGACCCUCCUGAGGAACUAUCUUUGCCUAUUGGAGAUAGUAUGGGAACUAUUUUUUUUUUUUUUUAUGUUUCAUGUUUAAAAACACUGCAUUCGGUUUUGUGCAUGCAGUUUCUAAGAUAACUGAUGGACAGUGAAUGAGUAGGUCACCUACCUAGUUGAACAAGAUGGGUCUGGUGUUUAAGAAGAAAGGCUGAGCUGGAGUUAAGUAUUUGUGGGGUAUCAAAAUAUGAAUGGUACCAGAAGCUGUGGGUAGAGAUUCAUUGGAAAUAUUUGUUGAAGGCCUAUUGUUGGCUAGGUGCUAAAUUGUCUUUGGGAAAUAAUAAUCUCUAACUUCUCAGAGCUUUACUGCAGAUGGAAAAAGACGGACGACAAAGGAAUAGUCACAAAUAUAUUGUUAAACAUUGUAAUAAAGAUUGCAAAAGAGAGGAAGUGGAGCUAGGAAGGAACUGACAUUUAGAGUUCAUCCUAGGGUUAUGCCACCCCCCUCCAUGUCUUUGCUAACCUUAAAUAUUUUCUUUAUGUACCUGUCUUGAUUGCUACACUUGCUGUGUAUACUAGAAGAAAACAUGUUUUGUAAGAACCGGCUUAAAAAGUAUUCCCAGUUUAGAUGGUGGUUUAAUUCGUGUGGUUUUAUCACCUGCUUCAGCUAAUUGCAGGUUAGUAGGCCACUGUUGGCUUGUACCACCUUUUCUUUAUCCAUUCUUUGGUGGAUAAACAUUUAUGUUAAUUGCUACUUCAGAAACAACGUAGAUAACACUGAGCCUUCCCUCUCUGUUUCCCAUCCUGUCUCACAUCUGAGUGUCAGUACAAUGACUGCAGUGAUGUCACUGUGCUCAGGAUUCAGACUCGCCCAGGCCUCAUGUGAACAGUGUGGGAGGGACGCAGAGUGCAUUAGGAAAGAACAACACAUCUUGAGUCGCUGCUUUCUGGGAGCCUUGCCUUCGGUUCUCAGAAGCCUCACACUGUGGCAAUUUCCUGUGUUUUCCCUAGCAUGUCUGCAGCUACAGUGUGGAGUGUUAGAAGUGUCAUUUUUGCUACUAAAUAUUACUUCUCUCUUUUUGUGUUUUAACUGCUUCUUGCUUAACAGUAUAUGGAAAACCAUUUCCUUGACCUUUAUAUGACUAAAGUACAGUGCUUACACAUCGUAAAGUAUCAGUGAUUUUUUAAAGGGUUGCUAUGGGCCGUAUCUUUUGCUAAGGCUUCCUCAGCAGGGCUGCAUAGCAGAUUCCUGGGAAGAGCUUCACAGCUCCUUACCUAGGCUCAUUCACACAGACUCUUUAGCAUGAAUUCACGCUUUGAAAAAAUACCCAUCAACUAACUGUCAAAGUUGGCUCAAGAUAUUCUCUGAAAAGGAGGCCUAUCACUGGUAACUAUGUGCUUAUGAUAUAUGUUAAUGUGAUUUUGUAUUUUUGGUAUGAAAUUAACUGCUUUUAUAUGUUCUGAAUUUAUUGCAAUUUUGUUUUCAUGUUGAGAGGCACAUACAUUCUAAUGUAACACAGAAAACAGUGUGGAUUAGGUGAGUCUUCAUGAAGCAGGUUGUUUGCCUUUUAAGUGAGCCUUGUUCCUAUACAAUGUAUGAUUCAGGAGCUCUUAAUUUGUAAGGCUUGAACUUUUUAUUGUAUGGGUGCUCUCCUUAUGAAUAAGAACACAAAAUGAUCUCAGUUUCAGAAAUUUCAUAAAAGUGUGAUAAUGUGAAUUCAUUAGUUUUAUAAGUUUGUCUGUUCUCAGCCAGGCAUGGUAGCACAGCACACAUCUGUGAUUUCCACACUCACAAAGCUGAGGCAGGAGGAUCGUAUGAGUUCCAGACCAGCUUGGAACAUAGUGAGUUCAAGCCAGCCUGAAAUAUGUAAAAAGACUCUGUCUCAAAAAAAACAAAGCAAAACAAAACAAAACAAAACAAACAAACAAAAAACCAACCAAAGAAAGAAAACAAAAGCACCCAAACAACCAAUAAAACCCCCCAAAACUCUGCCUUUAUUCUUUUUCCCUCAAAUACUGUUUCCCACUUUCUACAGUGACUGAAAUUGUACAUUUGGAAGAGCGCUGUAGUGGUACAUUUAUUUCUCUACAACUGUUCGAUUAAGAUUGAGAUAUCCCCUGAGAGAAGCCCAAACACUUUAGCCACAGAGGCAAAUAGGUUUCUUCUCCAGGCCAACUCCCAUGGGUCAGGAGCUACACCCUGCAGUGCUCUGCUGAGAAGAAAGAUUGGUAUGAGAAAGAUUGGUGGUGAGUGGGGUGGGCCAGGGAGAGAUUGGAAGUUGGAGUGGGGAGGUAGGGAGGCAGUGUGGACUCCAGGGAACUUGGUUACUCUCUCUGCUCUUUGUUAUUGCUCUCUGACUUCCCGUGAACUAAUGUCUUCAUGUGAAUUAAUCACUAUGACACUAAUUUCUUCUAUCACUGUCAAAGUCUGUGGGUGACACUGGGCUGAGGGCGUGGUGAAAAGAGAAAUGAACAGCAAAUUUAGAACAAAAGGACUGAAGGUUUGGAUCCCAGAGAAGCUUAUCAACACUUUUUGCUUUGUAUAUCUCAAUCUUAGUGUCUGUUUCUAAAGAUACCGAUUAUGGGAGAAGUGGCUUACUGUCUUCUAACAUAUGCCAGUAAUUACUGAAACAAGGGCAGAAGCUGAUUCAGUGUUGUUAUGGUAGAUGGGCUUUUUAGUUAUGGAAUUCUUUUUAUUUAGAGACUUUGAUAUGAAGAAAUAUGAUUAUAAAUAUCCCUAAUAUGUCAGAAAGGCAUGUGGGAUUUUACUGUUUAUUUAAUGUACUUAAAAACAAAUAAAAGCCUCAGAAAAUAGAAGGCAAACUGUCGACUGUUUUGUAAAGUUUUAGAAGGGCUAAAAAGUUGUAGGCCAGCAAGAUUUUAAUGCAACAAUGUCAGAAGGCUGCAACACCUGAGAUAGGAAAUCUUAAAAACAAUUACCCUUGUGAAAUGAAUUUGAAGCACAGGGCAAAUGAAUCAGAAAGUACUGGAGUCUAUCAGUUCUUGAAUGAUGACUGAACCUUUGAGCACUAUGUACAGCUAAUGCUGCUUUUAGCAUCUGAUAUGUUUACGAAUUAAGUUCUUAUUUGUGAGGCAGGACUGAGGGUAAAUAAAGAAUAAUAGUUUUUGGAUGUACUUGAUGCAAUGGUGUCUGAAUAUUUAAAGCCAGUUUAGCAGUUCUGCAAGCCCCACUAUAGGCAAUACUGUGUGAUUAGAUAGUUUCAAGACCACUAUAGAGCACACAUUGUGCAGUGAAACAUCCUGCACAAAAUACAGAAAUAUGAAGACAUAAAUAGCUGGGGGAAGAAUAGUAAGGUGUAAUAAAGAAAAAGAGUCUUAUAGAACACUGGGGUGAGCAAGAAGAAGGGGCGCUCUAAUGUCUAAAAACGAACUUUGUAACAAAUGAGUACUAAUUGAAUUUAAGGGCACAUUAAAAUAUUUAAUAUGCACAUAUGUGAGUAGGUAUACAUAUACAAACACACACAGAAUUUGGUUUCUUGAAUAGAAGUAAAGACUCUCUAAACACAAUUCACUUUCUCAUUGGAUUGAGUUUUACCCUGAUGUACCAACCUCGCUUUACAGAGAACUCAUUCACUACCAUUUGCACAGACAAUCACUCUUUAGAGCUGCAUGUUGGCUUGCAACCCUUUCUCUGUGGAGUGGUUAGCAUCUUGGAAAGACUGCAGGCUGUUGGCAAUGCAUCUGCAGCAUGGAGCACUGAAAAUCCAGGGAGUCUAUGAACUCCCAGGUGGGUGACUGAUUAUAAAGUGUCAGAUUGUCACUUGGACUGGGAAGUGUUGAUCUGAUAGACAUGAAGGCUUCCAGAGGGGAAGGGGCCAGUCAUUUGAGGAGGUGAAGUUUCCAGGGCCACAGUGUUAUGUCAGUGGUGCUGAAAGCAGCAAGCUUUCAACAGUUGGAAUCAGUUGGAGGGCAGUUGGUCAGGCCCUGGCCUGAGACAGUUGGGCCAUGGAAGACCUUACUGAUGUGUUACUUGUGACUCUCUGAGGACCUGCAAAAGUCCAUGUUUCUGGGACAGACUGUGUAACUGAUCCAAAUCCAAGAGUGAGGUGGCUGACCAGGCCAGAGGACUGCCUGUGAGCUGUUCUGCUGGUCAGUGUACCAUUCCUGAUUCUGGCCACACCCCCAGCGGUUGAUGGCUGCCUAUGGGAUGGCAGGAUUAUAUGGUUUGACAGAUGAAAAGGUGAAAGCAUACCUAUCUCUUCACCCCCAAGUGUUAGAUGAGUUUGUUUCUGAAAGUGUUAGUACAGAGACGGUAGAGAAAUGGCUGAGAAGGAAAAACGACAAAUUUGGAGAUGACUCGACUCCUAAGGAAGUCAGCAGGUAUCAAGAUACAAAUAUGCAAGGAGUUGUAUAUGAGCUAAACAGCUACAUAGAACAGCGGUUGGAUACUGGAGGAGACAACCAAUUGCUCCUCUAUGAGUUGAGUAGCAUCAUCAAAGUAGCCACAAAAGCUGAUGGAUUUGCACUGUACUUCCUUGGAGAGUGCAAUAAUAGUCUGUGCGUAUUCACACCACCUGGAAUAAAGGAAGGAAAACCCCGGCUCAUCCCUGCAGGGCCCAUAACCCAGGGCACUACCAUCUCCGCUUAUGUGGCCAAGUCCAGGAAAACCCUGCUCGUAGAAGACAUCCUUGGGGACGAGCGAUUUCCAAAUGGUACUGGACUGGAAUCAGGGCCUCGUAUCCAGUCUGUUCUCUGCUUGCCAAUUGUCACUGCAAUUGGUGAUUUGAUUGGCAUUCUCGAGCUGUACCGGUACUGGGGCAAGGAUGCCUUCUGCCUCAGUCAUCAGGAGGUUGCAACAGCAAAUCUUGCCUGGGCUUCAGUAGCAAUACAUCAGGUGCAGGUAUGCAGAGGUCUUGCCAAACAGACUGAAUUGAAUGACUUUCUACUAGAUGUAUCAAAAACAUAUUUCGAUAACAUAGUUGCAAUAGAUUCCCUACUUGAACACAUAAUGAUAUAUGCAAAAAACCUGGUGAAUGCAGAUCGUUGUGCACUUUUCCAGGUAGACCAUAAGAACCAGGAGUUGUAUUCAGACCUUUUUGAUAUUGGAGAGGAAAAAGAAGGAAAACCCGUCUUCAAGAAGACCAAGGAGAUAAGAUUUUCUAUUGAGAAAGGAAUCGCGGGUCAAGUGGCAAGAACAGGAGAAGUCCUGAACAUCCCAGAUGCGUAUGCAGAUCCACGCUUUAAUAGAGAAGUGGACUUGUACACGGGCUAUACCACCCGGAAUAUCCUGUGCAUGCCUAUUGUGAGCAGAGGAAGCGUCAUUGGGGUGGUACAGAUGGUGAACAAAAUCAACGGCAGUGCCUUCUCCAAGACGGAUGAGAACAAUUUCAAGAUGUUUGCAGUCUUCUGUGCUCUGGCCUUACACUGUGCUAACAUGUAUCAUAGAAUUCGUCACUCAGAGUGCAUUUACCGAGUAACUAUGGAAAAGCUGUCCUAUCACACUGUUUGCUCUGCGGAAGAGUGGCAAGGCCUCAUGCAUUUCACACUCCCUGCACGACUCUGCAAAGAAAUUGAACUAUUCCACUUUGACAUUGGUCCUUUUGAAAACAUGUGGCCUGGAAUUUUUGUACAUAUGGUUCAUCAGUCCUGUGGGCCAUUCUGUUUUGACCUUGAAAAGCUGUGCCGCUUUAUUAUGUCUGUGAAGAAGAACUACCGGCGAGUGCCGUACCACAACUGGAAGCAUGCAGUCACGGUGGCACACUGCAUGUACGCCAUCCUGAAGAACAACCACAGCCUGUUCACUGAGCUUGAGCGCAAAGGACUGCUAAUUGCUUGCCUGUGUCAUGACCUGGACCACAGAGGCUUUAGUAACUCCUAUCUGCAGAAAUUUGACCACCCUUUGGCAGCACUCUACUCCACCUCUACCAUGGAGCAGCAUCACUUCUCCCAGACAGUGUCCAUCCUACAGUUGGAAGGGCACAACAUCUUCUCCUCCCUGAGCUCCAGUGAGUAUGAGCAGGUGCUGGAGAUCAUCCGAAAAGCCAUCAUCGCUACGGAUCUUGCUUUAUACUUUGGAAACAGGAAACAGUUGGAAGAGAUGCACCAGGCCGGAUCACUAAACCUUCAUAAUCAGUCACAUAGAGACCGUGUAAUUGGCUUGAUGAUGACAGCCUGUGACCUUUGUUCUGUGACAAAACUGUGGCCAGUUACAAAGUUGACGGCAAAUGAUAUAUAUGCAGAAUUCUGGGCAGAGGGUGAUGAAAUGAAGAAACUUGGGAUACAGCCCAUACCUAUGAUGGACAGAGACAAAAAGGAUGAAGUCCCACAAGGCCAGAUUGGAUUCUACAACGCCGUAGCCAUUCCCUGCUACACUACGCUGUCCCAGAUCCUGCCUCCCACGGAGCCGCUCCUCAAAGCCUGCAGGGAUAAUCUGAGUCAGUGGGAGAAGGUGAUUCGAGGGGAGGAGACUGGAUUGUGGAUCUCAGCAGAGGGGACCUCUGAGAAGCAUCCUGUGAAGACCCAGACCCAGGAUUGAUGGUCAUGGACCAGGCGUCCCACUCAGCGGUUCUCAUCUUGCUUCUUUGGCGCUUUUUCCUUUUAUUUUUGACUGGGAAAACCUACACCUAGUGACUAGAGGGCAAACCCUUGGACAAGGGAACAUCAGUAUGUCUGUGGAGCAGCCAGCUCCCUGCCAAGCUCAUGACACGUGCCCCAGACAAUGAGCAGCCAGGACCGCUCUGUGUUGGAUGUCAGCAGACCAGCAACUCCACUGGACUAUUGAGCCCACUUUGUAACAGGCUAACCUUGUGAAAGCGUUAUUGGGAAGGGAAAGACAACUCUGAAGGGUACUCUCCCUUGCGCCUUUCCACAAGGGUGUAAAUGGUACUACUCUGCUAUUGUACUCUGGCUUUAACACGAGUAUUGCUUUAUUAUUGCUGGUUAUAAAUAGGGUUCUUUUACUCAUUGCUGUCAUGAAUGUUCAUGUGUGAUCUCCUUAUGGUUAAUUUGAGUUGUAGGCCACAGCCUCAGGACAGUGUCACGAAGGGGACAGAGUAAGAAGUGAUAGGAAAAAGUCAAGUUCUUGUUCCACAGCUUCAUGAUUUCAGGUGAAUCAGAGUUCAUUCUCUUAGGUGCAUUAUAACAGAGGGUACAGGCAAAUCCCUUGCACACUAAAGGACAUGGACUCUUGUCCUGUGAAGAGUUACAUGUAUGCAUCCCCCAUAAAGUUCAGCACUUCCACUCUUGGUUUAAAAGAUGUCAAGGAAUUUUCCAAACUUUGUUCUUCAUUGUAGCUGUGGCAAAUUUACUGAACCCUUUGCAUAAAGAACAAAAUAAAAGCAAGGCAUACUACUUUUUAAAAUACAUCUUGUGGAUAUAAAAUGUGAAUUUUUAAUAAUGAUUCCGUUUUCACUUUGCGUUAUGGCAACAUUUUUUACUCAUGUUCAAAAUAAAAGGUUUAUUCUAAAAAUUAUUUCAUGAAAUUACCGUACAUUUCUCAUUAAGUCACAUUACACUAUCAAGUGUUAGUCUUCUGCAAUGUACUCUAGGCAGCUGCAUUGGUCCCAUUUGUCCCUCUUGUCACUGCUCCAUCAUGCUUGGGUGGACACACUCUGCAGCCAGCAGGAGGAAGCAGCACCAUCACAAUGUCCCCAGUUUUUCUGUUCUUCUCCCAGGUCACACAUCUACAGAGGAACGAAUGGCUUGGUUAGUUUCUUGUAUACGACUUCUGACAGGUUAAUAUUACUGUAACAUCUUACAAUAAUGUCUAAUAAAAAUCACAAUGGAAUAUGCUGGCUGUCCUCCACUGGUGUCAAGACAGUUACUUCUGGUACAUGUCAGCACUUUCAGGGUGGUUGUCACCGCGAUUCAGUGAUGCCUGAAUCUGCACUUAGUUCUCAUCUGAAGGAAUUAGAGAGACAGACAAUCCACAACAAAGAACUUGUUCCUAUUCUCCUGGCAGGAAUACUGCUUUUAAAAGUAAAUUUUUAAAACAAUGUUUCUGCAGACUCAAUACUAUACACAUUGCUGUCCACAUGAACUUUGCUUUUUCAAGAUUAAGUCAAGUUGCUACAGCAUGUUUUAUUUAUGCUGUAGAGAGGUGGCUAUACAUAAAUAGUGUUCUUAUUUUAGAUUAACACUAUGUGUUCAAUUUCCAUAUGGGCUUCUAAGGUUACCAUCUUCCCUACAUGGAGCUCCAUUGUUACUGUAUAAUAUGAAAUAAAACAUAAUGCUGAGCAAAGGUCUAUACAUUCAUGUAUGUAUGUAACGUAUGUAGACACACAGAGAUGUAUAUAUGAUACACAUUCAUGAUGUAGACAUACACCUAAAUGUAUAUGUAUAUGAUACACAUAUGAAACAGAGGGAGAAAAAGCAAACCUACAAAAAAUAAAGGUCACCCCUCUCUGCCCAAGCAGUGUUUUUUGUGUUGGGACAUAUCUAAUGCUUGAUUAUAAGUAAAUAGUGGAUAUCAGUUUUAUAAUGGUGUAUUCAUAAGGCUGAUUCUAGUUGGAUGCAUAUUUUCCCCCUACAAAUAUAUGAAACUGGUUCCUACCACAUAUAGCUUUAGUGACACAAGGUAAUUCAAUCAUUUAAAUUUGAAGCUGAAUUUCAGAAGGGUGUAUUGAACAUUACUUUAAAAGUAUUUUAAAGAAACACAUGUAUUGUGCCUCUUUGUAUGGAAUAGAAUCAUGGUAGUGGAAAUCCCAUGGCUUCUUUGCAUCUUAAGUUUGCUGUUAUAAUAACAAUAUUACAGAAACUUGAAGAGUAUUGUGUUACAUGACCUCUACUUUGACCAAAUUCCAAACGGAAUACAUACGGAGUUUUUGGAUGGUUAACUUCUUGUGAGCUACCAUCACGAUUGAAGAACAGUUUAAACAAUGGAUUGUAUGUCACUGUAAACUUAACAUAGCCUUUACCAUACAUAACUGAAUUACUUAUGAAGCAAGUAUUUACAUAAGCUAGAAAAGCCCUGCGUAUAUAUGGGUGAUACUUGUUUUGGAAAACAUUUAAGUCAGAAGUAUCUUGGAAAAAUACAUUUUCACAAACUUUUGAGUUCUGGUUCUUAUUUUUCCCCAGAUCUUUUCACAAAUGAUAAUGUGAAACCAGGCAGGUGAUUUUUUUUUUGUUCCUAAAAGUUUUUUUUUUUUUAAUUUCUCAUUCAGAUAAUAUUUUACAGUAGGCCAAAUUUUUAUUAUCCAGUAUAAAUUUUGUUAUUAGUUAUGACUAAAUAUAGAAUGUUUGAUUUGUAGAAACAUAUUGAUUAAUUAUAGACAAAUUUUAUUAUCACAUGAAGUUACUCCAUCAUCUUUACAAACUUUGUGAAUAUAUUUUUUUACUAAAAAUGUUCUUGGAAAUAUAAAUGCAUGCCAACAAUGACAUGAAAUAUCUUUUAAAACUGUAGGUACCCUUCUAAUUGGCAGUUGACUCUCUGAGUUGAUUUAUUAGGAAAACAAAAGAGAAAAAUAGCUAUCAAAAAAGGCCCUUUUACUGUUACCCAGUUUUAAUUAUGUCCAAGAAGCAUGUGAGAAACCUGUGUUGGAAAGAGACCCAGUGGGAACGCUGGACGCCACUGUGCCCGCUCCUGGCCUCCCUCACGGAGAGGGACUUGCUCAGGGGGUCUCUGCAGUGCUGAUUUUUCCUGGUACUUGUUCCCACAGCAACAAAAGCAGACUAAUUUGAAACUAUUUUGUUCUGUGUAGGUUUCCCCAUUUUAGCAUGUUUAAGUUUUUAAUUUAUACAAUCUCAGUGAAUGUUGCUUUAUUAGUAUGUUCAUAUAUACUAGAUACAUUUGUACAGGUUUCGUGGAGAUGAGUAAAUGUAGAUACCUGGGUUUCUAAAUGGUUUUUAUUCUGGUUUUUUAACUACUCAAGAUUAAGGAUUGAGCUUUAAUAGGACUAAAUUAUCCACCAUGUCAUGGCCUGUGCCUUUAUUUUAAAUACUGAAAUUUUACUUCUUCACUUAUGUAUUCAUGAUUUUUCUUUCCUUGCUUAAGCAUAAUUGAAAACAUUUAAAGAGAUACAUCCUUGGUUAACUUUGCCAAAUUGAAUGAAUAGAGCCUUUCUCUCAUUGGAUUCCUCUCCUUUGACUUCAUGCACUUCAUUAACAUGUCCCCUGGUGUCUGUAACCAAGGAGCUGUUCAGAUUCCUUUCUUGCCAGGACUUCCAAGAACUGUGACACUGAUUAUAAGAUUUUGUUGAGUGUCAGGUACAUAAGCAUGAUUUGGAUUGUAAAAAUUACUUCUCUAUAUAUAUUUCAAGUGUGUUUGAUUUCUAAACUCUACUGAUUUGAUUUUGCUGUAACUAACUGUAGAGACUGUGUUCAUUUUGCCAUUUUGGUGGAUUCCUUCUAUCGCAAGUAUUGAUCUGGCUUAAGAAUGCUCUCAGUUACUAUGUGCCCCUCCUUUUCAGUGCAUGGCUGUUAUAUUUUAACCUGUGUAUAAGUAUCCUGAUAAUACGUUUUGCUGACUUCGUUAAACAUUUACUCUAAUUUUAAAGUAGUGACACCCAGUGCAGUAUGUACCUUUUUAGUUGUCUUCUUUUUAAAAAAUUAGAUAGUCUGGUUGUUUAAAGCACUAAGUUUAUUUUAUGGGAUGAUAAAAAGAGCAAGAAAGAAAGAAAAAUGUUUACCCGUGUCUUGUUCCAAAUUAAGAAGUUGGAACAAAGAGAAAAAUAGCGUUUCCCAAGAAAAACACAUUUAAAAUUCAAAGAAGCACAUUGAUACUCACUUAAAUUUUUACUUCUCAACUCACAGUGGGAAGCAGUGUUUUGUAAGCUGUAUGGUUUGCCUGCCCCUUUACUGUACAAUAUGAGAAAAGGUAACUGAAGCAGAUCUGGGCUUUGCUCUGUCGGGGUAAAGAAUAAUAUCACCUAAGGACCAAAGUGGAAACUUGCAACUGGACCCAGAGUUUCCUACAUAGGGAAGGGGGUUUAUCAUUUCAAUGCUCAGCUAAUAAUUUUGGGUACUGUGUAUUUUUUUGAUAUUUAUGUGGAAAUUUUUACUCCUAAUGUAAGUUAAAUUUCAAAAGUGUAUUAUUUAAUUCUCUAGCCCACCUAAAAUAUCAUAUCAUAUGGGCAUUGAAAUCUUGUUUUUUUCCUGUAGUUAACACCUAGGUCUAUAGCCAAUAAGUGACAUGUGGGACUAUUUUCUAUAUACUCUGUUGUAUGGUGUAUAUGUUACAUGUUCAUUUAGUGUGCAAGCAGAAACUAUGAUAGAUUUAUACAUAGAAGAUAUUUAUAUACAAUGCCCCUGUCCAUUUGAAAUUACAUGCUUGCCCAAAACACUGUGAAACAGUUACCAAAUUUGUACAAAUGCAGCAUCUUGAUUCUUUCUCAGAAGAGGUAACUUUCUCUACAGGGACAUAGGAGCAAAAGAGAUUCUAUAUCUAUACCUAGCCAAGUCUUCUGGGGUUUACUUGGGAUAAUGUCCUUGCAGACCAAAACUUGCUGGAAUGUAAGACAGGUUUUGUGCUACCAAAAACACAGCAUCACAGUAAACUGAUUUGCAGUCUAUAGGUCUGUAUCCAAAGCCUUACUAGGCUCUGUUUUGGAAGGGGAAAGAACUCCAAGUGCACAAUAUCCAACUUUAUUAUAGUUGAUGAGCUAGUAAAUUUAAAAAAUGAUUUUAUAUGUAUAACAUAAAAAUCUUUGUAAAAUGCAUAAGUGCAAUAACUUAAAGAGGUCUUAACUUUGCAUUUAUAAAUUAUAAAUAUUGUACAUGUGUGUAAUUUUUCAUGUAUUCAUUUGCAGUCUUUGUAUUUAAAAAUCCUUUAUUGUUAUGUUUGUAUAAUAGAACAGUAACCAUUUGUUAAAACUUAGGCAAGAUGUAAAUAAAUUCAUAAUUCAAACAGCCAGUACAUAUGCAUAUAUGAGUGUUACAUUGCAAAAUCUCUGUUUUACUAAUGUGCUUAGAGCAGCAAGAAAUCUUUUGUUGAUAUGUAAUUAUACAUAUAAAGUAUAUAUAUAUAUGUAUGAUACAUGAAAUAUAUUUAGAAAUGUUCAUAAUUUUAAUGGAUAUCUUUGGUGUGAAUAAUUGAAUACAAAGUUUUUAAAAUA